AGAGAGCAAAAAAUUAUACAGAUACGUAAAUAGCAAAAGAAGGCAAGUUUCGGAUUUUCACGGGGUGUCCUAAAAUCCAGAAUUUCGCGAGUUUUGUCCGCAGUUCGGUGGCGUUUUCCGGCAGCAUUCGGUCGCACAGCACGCGUGGAAGCGAUUUCCGGUUCCGUGGGCCGUCGAGUUCGGUGCCCGGGUUGGGAAAAUUCCGUGUGUGUGCAGGAGGAAAAUUCGACCCCGAAAGAGUGGUGGCCUGGUGGUGGUGGUGAUGAAAAUUUUCUGUGGAGUUAUUUUUUGCUGCCUUCUUGUCCAUCCGCCGCCGUCAAACGUCGUCGUUGUCGUUCCUCCGUGUCCGGUGUGGCCAUCGUCGUCCCGGUCGUCGCCGUCGUGGUCUUAGAGGCGAACGUUUUUGGAGAGACCGCCGAAACGGAUUGCUGAGUGGACCAGAGGCCUGGCCUGUUUGAUUGUCCCCAACGGGAAGAACCCGGGGAGAGUGCGCAGGAGAAAAAAAGGAAAAUUGUGUGUGCGUUUUCAAGAGUUACGAAAACAUAAAGAGUGAAAAUAGCUAAACCUUUCGAGAGGCUGAAUUUGUUUGGCAAAUCUGGUUCCCAGUGUCAGCGGCAGCAGGUUCCAGUUGACCACCGGGUUGCGAGGGGAGAAGCUCCCGAUAGUGUUAAUCUAAAUCAAAAACUUCUUUAAAGUGUGCUACUUAGAGUGGAAUCUGUGUUCCGGAAGUGUCCAAAUAUCGGGUGGGGGUCAAAAUUGUCCAAUCUUCCUCGGAAGUAGUGUGGAAGCAACAGAAGCCGCAGCAUCACAGACACAGAUUGUGGGCUCGUAGAGAGAAAAAGAGCAAGAGAUUCGGAACCACGGACCGACGGAGAGCGGAGCCGAAGCAAUGGCGAAUCCACGAAAAUUCAGCGAGAAAAUUGCCCUCCACAACCAGAAGCAGGCCGAGGAGACGGCAGAGUUCGAGCGGAUCAUGCGGGAAGUGUCCGAUGUCACGUCCAAGAAUUCGAGGAGUGCCAAUCUCACCCCAACCCUCGGUGCACUGGGCACUUUUCGUGGCGGCUCGCUGCCCAACGUCAACAACGAUAACGAUAAAUUUCAGGAAAAGGGUGACGAGACCACGACACUGACCGAGCUGAAAUCGUACACAACGCUGGAAAAUGCAAAACCCAAGAAAGACUCCGUCUCCAAAGCUGGCACCCCCAACCACAGUCGGGAAUCGAGAGGACGAACUCCAGGUGGGCCAAUGAGAAACAGACAAUCGAGUCGGAACCAUGACACAUCGCCGUACGGCAACAGCUCCGUGCAUCUCAUACCACCAAUGGAGAGCAACUGGCACCGGUCCAUCUCGGAUUCGGCCAUCCACCAGAGUCUGUGUCAGGCACAGUCCGAGUCCAACCAUCUGAACACACACUCACCCCUAACGUUAAGUCCAACAGUUCAAAGAAAAAUUUCAAAUGCUCAAAGUAUCUCCAAAGUGCACCAUCAUCAUAAUCUGUCAUCGCAUCACCUGGACAACAACACCUCGCACGAUAUGAGGUCGCGGUCGUCGACCGGCCUCUCGAGGUUACCUGGAAUAAACAUUUAUCCUUCCCAAAACCACAACGAUGGUAUCCAAAUUCCCAUACCGAGUAAUACGGGCUCCCUGCCGGAUCUGACCUCGGUCGGCUACCCAAUGUACCCUUCGCCGUUGGAUCAGGAGUACGAUCACAACGCGCAAAACAGUAGCUAUUGUCCGCAGAGUCCCCUCGGAACGUCCCCAUCGUCGUUAUCCCCCACGUCGGCCAUCCACACCAACCACCAUCCGCACCCGCGACCGAACAACUUCGGUGGAGGGCCAGGUGGUGGUGGCGGCGGCGGCGGCGGUGGAGGCUACCCAAUUCCAACCAGCAGUCAUCCCGGCAGUGGCAACGUUAGUCCCAGCAGCAACCACAACCACAACAACAACAACAGCACCAGUACCACUAAUCUUAACAAUGCCGUCGCCAACAACAACGGCAGCAGUAGUACUAACCAUAACAAUGUUAAAAAUAACAAUAAGAAGCCGAAAGCUAGUCAGCCUUUUUUAUCUGUACCAGAUAGCAAUAGAUUUACAUUAUUUUCAAAGGGUAACAAUACUUAUGACGUUAGCCAAUCGCCUCAGCCGCAGCAAACGCCCCAACAGCAGCAACAGCAGCAGCAACAACAGCGAAUACCCACUUUAGAACAGAUUAAUUACGAUAACUUCAGCCAACUGAACGACGGGCUGUCGUCGCCAAAUCAGCAAAACUCACCCGAAAACAUACUGUAUGGAUCUCACGGGAACAUGUCGCCGCAUAUGAUGCUCGACUAUCGGAGCAGACCAAGUCCUGGUUCCAGUCCCGGCCUGGUGAUUGCGCAUAACUUCGACUCCAACUCUAGUGCGCCGUGCAGUCCAGUGUCUACGAGUAUAGGCAGUAAUAAUGGACCAACUUAUGACAAGUACCCAUCAAACGAAGGCUAUGUUUCUCACCUGCCCCAGCACCUAGAACACAUAACCCUGGACUGGACUACUUUGGUUCAGAGUCUUGUUGAGUCUGGAUGUACAUUAACCGCCCAAGUUCAGGUUGAUAAUCCACUGCAGCAGGACUACUCUUCAAGUCAGAUAGUGUUUGAAACGUUUGAAGAAUCCUAUCUGGCACUGAACAACGAUCUCAACCUGCGGACGGACACAACGCACCAGCAGCAGCAACAACACCAUCAGCAACACCACCCCCAACAACAACAGCAGCAGCAGCAGCAACAACAGCAACAACAUCCCCCACCCCAGCAGUCUCCGCACUGUGGCCAACUGUCCAACAAUGUGAAUCACUCCUACAGCCAUCAGAACGGCAGCAACGAGCCCCUACUCAGCCUUCAGACGGCUCCGCAAAUUCAGUCAACCACCAUACCAGAGAUUGUGUUUACUGACUUUUCAACAAGAGAUGACUUCGAGUCGGACCUGGCGCUCGGCCAGAUGGACUUUCAAAGCUUUCAGAUGCUGUCGGACACGGCCGGCCCCAUCAUGGACCCGAUGGAUGAGGACAGCUUUCGGCGCGAGCUUCAGUGAGACGAUCUGGCCGACAGUUGUCUGCGGUUGUUGACCGCCGACGACGACGGCGACGACAACGAGAUGGCUAGGCUUCAGUCCUUCGUUACUCUGCUUUAAGUUAGUUGUGUUUUUUUAUGAUGAUGAUAUUCGAAGUUUUGUUUUUUUGGUUUUGCGUUAUUAUUUUUCCCGGAAAAAUAAUCAAAAACAAAUCAACAGACGAAGAAGCGGGGGGAGGGAAACUCUCUCGCGAUGUAGACGAAAGGGGUCUUUCUAAAAGAAAGCUUACAGUCUCUAAAGAGAUGGUUCAUUUUAUACGAGUCAUGCUUUUAAGAUGUGCGGACCAGAUUUGACGCGAUAAAAGGAAGUUAAACAUUAAUACAAGUGCAGUACUAGUACGGAACACGACCGGCAAAGCGAUUGGGUCGUGUUUUAAUAAGGUUUUAUGCUAAGGACGAAAAGCUACAGAUGAGAUAGAUGAUCGUAAGGUAACGCGUACGAUAGAGGUACGGCAAAAGGUUAGGUUAAAAAAAGCUAAUGUCUAGUGUGUGCGAUGAGUGAAAAGUGUGCGCGCGCAUCUAACGAAUUUGAACAACGUGUUUCUCUAGUGUAUGAGAGAUAAGGAAGGAAAGUAAGAGAGUAAAAAAAACAUAGAUUUCAUUAGACAAGAAGAAAGCACAAAACGAGUCUGCAUGCUGAAGUUUAACCUCCUUGGUUUAUGCGCAAAUGUUCUGUUUUUAUGUUGAACAAUAGGAAUUCCCUACUAACAUCAUGGUACUAUAAUUGUAUAAUUGUGUUUAUAUUUAGCGAAUUUAUACAUGACCAGAUCAUUACUGUUACUUCUUUCUCUGUGAAAAAAAAAUAAUUAGGCAGGCAUUUUUUGUUCUUAACAGUAGAGAAGAAAACGAGCGUGCACACACAACGAGCCUGGUAUUUUAGGGUGAGGUGGAAGGAAACAUGAAAGAAAUACUUAAAUAUUAUUUAGUAAAGCAAAAAGAUCGUCUAGAAAGCAACAUUCGAACCGAUUAACGACUGAGAUGUUUUUAUGCAUGAGUCUCAAUCUUUAGAGCAAACCAAGUAAUGGCCAGAGAAAAAAAAAACUGUAUUUAGAUAGACCUAUUUGAAACAACAAAUUUCUUUAAGCCUUCUUCGAGCAUGAUAAAAACCUAAAUUUACAGCAAACAAAAAUGGCUAACUAGAUCGUGUAAUUUUACUGAGAGAAAAAAACAUAGUUGAGGAAGUAAAUAUCGUAACAUAUCAAAUCCAUCUUUUCCUACUACAGAAGCAGCAGCAGCAGCAUACACAAACAAGUCAGUAACCAAACAGUCCGCGAAACAUUUUAACUUAUAGAGCCAAAUAACACAGAAAUUACCUAACAAAAAAUAAUAUGAUUGUUUUGCUUCCCCUCCCACAAUAUUGCUCUCUUUACUCGCCUCCAAGAGUCGCGCAUUUUAAAACCUAGCUAGCAUUCACCCUCUACUACGAUUCAUACAACAAUUCAUAAAAUCCAUUCACUCUCUAUCUCUAUCAAUCUUUCCUAUCUAUCGUAUAUUCGUUCUAUAUUUAGUCGCCGGUUCACUCUACCAAGCAUUACACGCAAUCAUAUAACAAACAAAACAUUUGUGAAAUCACACUCACACCACCACAAAAAAAAACAUUUCUUUGCAAUAAAUCAGAGAAAGUAAAACAGAUAAAAAAAUAAGUCAACCCGUACUUCAAAGUUCAUUCAAAAUGAACACUCAGUGGAGCAAUAGAGUCAGCGACAACUAACAACAACUACAACAACUACAGACACAGGAAGAUGGAGAAAGCUAAACAAAAGAAAGUAAGAAAAAAAAACUAUUAAUGUUAAACGAGAACGACACUCGAUGGCGAAGAGAACACACGACUAGGCGUAAAAAACUGUAUAAAUUAAGAUCAAACGAGCCUGUAUAAAGUAUACGUUAAGUUUAAAUCUCAG